CUCCAUCAUCCAACCGAACGCGCCUGGCCAACUCGAUCUGCGAAACCAUAUCGAAGCGACAAUUUUGUCGCGCUGAUACUAUCGCCAUGUACGGUGCUAACCAAGCCUACAACGUGCCCGAUCCUAGUGCGCAGGUGCCAGCACAAUUGCUUCCACAUGUUCAUCUGAUAUCUCAAUACCGAUUCCCUACAGUCGCGUCGCUCCAACCGCAACAUGCGCUCGACUACCUUCUCAAGGGCCCAUCCAUAGUCAAGGACGCCGCGGCCGUUGCUUGGACCUAUCUCCCUUCUCCGCCAGCAGACGGCACUGUGCUUUUGACCUGGCAACCGCAGCGCCUACAAACACACUUUGCUUCAGAUGGCUUAGUAUGGGGUGAUCCAGAAGUAGCUUUCGAUAUGAAUCACAGGGGCUAUCAACUUCAAAUGUUCCAACACAAAUCGGGUUUCCAUCAUCCUCACGAGCCGGUUGCGACUCAUGCGCGCUACCGCUACAGGAUUGUCAAUGGGCCCAGCGGCACAUUCGACCCCAGCUUGUGGAUAGUGCACUAUACCAUGGCCGAUCCGAGUCACAGGAUACCCGCAAGCCAGAUUCCCAUAGCGAGAGACGUCCACGCGCAGCUAGCCAUGCGUGCGCAGCUUCAGAGCGCUGGACAAUUGGUGCGCAAAGAAUUCAUGCUAUACGAUAGUGCGAAUUGGCCAAAAGUGGAAUUCGCACAACCCACCGCGCGGGGCCAGCAGGCGUAUUAUAAUCCCAUGCAGAGGCCUCAAUCAUAUCAAAACGGCGUGGGCCCACCACCCGCCAAGCGCCAACGCGGUCCACCUCAACAACAAACACGCCCAUCCGGACCGGCUGCUAUAGCGCCAGACACAGCUCUAGAAGAGGAAGAGAAUGGCACACAAGAUCUCUUCGAUUUCAUGACGCCGCGGGAGAUUAGCCUUUCAAGAUACAAGCAACAUCACGAGUGGAUGGAGGAGAUCUUCGCUUCUCCCCACACGAUUGGGAAGAUCAUGCCUAUCGAUCUUGGAUUUGGGCUUAUGGGGGAGCUGGCCCCAUUGACCGCGAAUCUUCUGGAUACACCUACAGGCGACGCUCCCAUUGACGUCGAUGGAGAAGCCAACCCGGACUACAAGAACAAAGUGAAGAACUAUGAAAAACUACGGCCAGAGCAACUUAAAGAAUUUGAGACUCGGGUUGCAGCAUAUGUGUCGAAAGAGGAGGCUGAAAUCGAAAAGAUGAAGGCCGCACAUGCCAAAAAGAUGGGGGCCCUCAAGAAGUCGCGAACGUACAUCAAAGCCGAACGGCGACUGUGGGAGGCGAAUCAUCCAUACGAUCCCGAGAAGGAUGGUGCGGACCCGGUGGAUACUGUCGUGAAGGAUUUGGAAAAAUCAGUAGGCACCAAUUUCGGCACCAAAAAACUAGUAGUAUGUGUAGACAAGGGCGGCUUCAUGGAAGUGCAACCACCACCGCCACCAAAACCCCAAACUAACGGCAAUACACCUUCCAACUCGAACAAUGAUCCAGCUGAUGGAGCGACCGAAGGAGACAAUACUGCCGCAGGCUUGCUAGAUCAGUUUGGUUCGGGCUCACUCACCGGGACCCCCGGAGGCAAUCUAUCGGUCCCUGCGUUAUCACAGCCACAAAGCCAAUCGCAAUCCGCGGUCGCUACACCUGCAGCACCUGCAGCUCAGGCUGCUGAGGUAGCUGAUGCAGCCAGACCCUCAGCUUUCGAUGAGCAAACUGCAGACCUCGAUACCACUACGAAUGUGGAAAAUGAAUUGCUUGAUCUGGAUGUGGAAAUGUCUGGUAUGGCUAACACAAGCGGAAAAGCAGAGGGUGACUGGGUCAUGGUGGACGAGCAAAAUAACGGAACCGCGCAACAGCCUUCGCAACCUCCCGCUAGUACUGCGACUCCAGCAGAUGCAAGUGCGCCACCUACCACCAGCGUUGACGCAGAAGCUGGGGACAUGUUCAGUGGAGAGUUUGGCAAUUUCGAAAACCUAGACUCUGCUGGGGAUGCGUUAGCAGAUUUUCCCGCUGACGAUACUAUGGGCUUGGAUUUGGUGGACGAUUCAGCAUUUGGUGAUGCUUUCCAAGGGAUGGGAGAGAAUGCAUAG